AUGGAGGAAACAAGGACCGAAAAUGUGGUGGUUACCGUCAAUGUCUCUGCAGCCAAAGAUCUUCUUGUCGAGGGUCAUCGUUAUUUAGACGUCAGGACAAACGAGGAGUUUAGUAGGGGACAUGUUGAUAAUGCUUUGAAUGUCCCUUACAUUUUCAAGACACCUGAUGGAAAUUUCAUUAACCCGGAAUUUCUUGCUCAAGUUUCCUUACUUCUUCAAAAAGACGAUUCAUUAGUUGUGGGGUGUAAUAGCGGAGGGAGAUCAUUCAAAGCUUGUGUUGAUCUUCUUAACAAUGGAUAUAAGAAUGUGACCAAUUUGGGAGGAGGGUAUUCCGCUUGGUUGGAUCAUGAAUUUGCUGGGGACCCAUCGGCUGAUAUGUUCAAGACUGCUUGCAAGUUCCGCAAAUGA